UCUCCCCUGCCUGGCACCGCAGCCGCGAUCGCGGAGCGGGGCCGGGGCGAAGCGCCGUGAGGGGCCGCGCGAUGUGGCUGAAGCCCGAGGAGGUGCUGCUGAAAAAUGCCCUCAAGCUGUGGGUGCAGGAGCGCUCCAACCAGUACUUCGUGCUGCAGAGGCGGCGGGGCUACGGCGAGGAGGGCGGAGGCGGGCUGGCAGGUCUUCUGGUGGGAACAUUAGAUGCAGUGUUGGACUCUACGUCGAAAGUCGCCCCGUUUCGCAUCCUGCACCAGACUCCAGACUCUCAGGUCUACUGGUCCAUCGCGUGCGGAUCCAGCAGAGAAGAAAUAACAGAACACUGGGAGUGGUUAGAACACAAUGUUAUGAAGACUUUAUCUGUAUUUGAUUCGAAUGAAGAUAUUACGAGCUUUGUCCAGGGAAAGAUAAGAGGUUUGAUUGCUGAAGAGGGAAAAAGUUCUUUUGUAAAAGAAGAUGAUCCUGAGAAGUUUCGUGAAGGUCUCAUGAAGUUUGAGAAGUGUUUUGGAUUACCAGAGCAGGAGAAGUUGAUUACCUAUUACUCGUGCAGUUACUGGAAGGGCAGAGUGCCCUGUCAAGGAUGGCUUUAUCUUAGUACCAACUUCCUUAGCUUUUACUCAUUUUUGCUUGGAGCAGAAGUAAAACUUAUUAUCUCCUGGGAUGAGAUAUCAAGGCUUGAGAAGACUUCCAAUGUAAUUCUGACAGAGAGCAUUCAUGUAUGCUCCCGUGGGGAAGAUCAUUAUUUUUCCAUGUUUUUGCACAUUAGUGAAACAUUCCUUCUCAUGGAGCAGCUGGCAAACUAUGCUGUUAGGAGACUUUUUGACAAGGAAACAUUUGAGAAUGAUCCUGUCCUCCACGACCCUCUGCAAAUCACCAAGAGAGGCCUAGAGAGCCGUGCCCACAGUGAGCAGUUUAGUGCAUUCUUCAGGCUGCCUAAAGAAGAGACCUUGAAGGAAGUUCAUGAGUGCUUCUUGUGGGUUCCUUUCAUUCAUUACAAUACCCAUGGAAAAAUGUGCAUUUCAGAAAACUACAUCUGCUUUGCUAGCCAGGAUGGCAGCAUGUGCAGUGUAAUCAUUCCACUAAGAGAGGUCACAGGGGUGGAUAGGGCAGAUCCAGCCAACAGAGGAGUCAGCAUCAGCACCAAAGGAAAAACAGCUUUUCGUUUCACAGAGGUCAGAGAUUUCGAACAGCUGGUGGCAAAGCUCAGAAUGAAAUGCAGUGCAACUUCGAGUCCACAACAUGUCAUAACUACAGAGGUUGCAGCUGGUUCUGCCUCUGAUCAUCCAAAGGAUUCUGAGGCGGGACCGUCAAAGAUGGGUCAGAGAGAUAACAGCAAAACUGUGGGUACAGAAGCCCUAAUGACUGUCUACCACCCUCAGGAUUCUGAGAAUCUUGACUCUAAAAUGUUGAAAGAAAAAAUGAAGGAACAGUUAUGGAACAUCCUCUUUGCCGAGCGGGGACAUGGUGUCAGUAUGUUUCGAACAAAGAAGACUCGAGAUCUGGUUGUACGAGGGAUCCCAGAGACCUUAAGAGGAGAGCUCUGGCUGCUCUUCUCAGGUGCUGUAAAUGAUAUGGCAUCCAACCCUGGUUAUUACACUGAGCUGGUGGAAAAGUCCUUAGGAACGUGCACUUUGGCUACUGAUGAAAUUGAACGGGAUUUGCGUCGCUCCUUACCCGAGCAUCCUGCUUUUCAAAGUGACACAGGAAUUUCUGCACUCAGGAGAGUUCUCACAGCUUAUGCAUACAGGAAUCCUCAAAUUGGAUAUUGUCAGGCAAUGAAUAUUCUGACAUCAGUGCUUCUGCUGUAUGCUAAAGAGGAGGAAGCCUUCUGGCUUUUGGUUGCUGUGUGUGAAAGGAUGCUCCCCGAUUACUUCAAUCGUCGAAUCAUUGGUGCCUUGGUAGAUCAGGCAGUGUUUGAGGAGCUCAUCAGGGUUCACCUGCCUCAGUUGACAGACCACAUGACGGACAUGACUUUUUUCUCCUCGGUCUCUCUCUCCUGGUUCCUUACCCUUUUUAUCAGUGUGCUGCCCUUUGAAAGUGCAGUCAAUGUGGUGGACUGUUUCUUCUAUGAUGGAAUAAAGGCAAUCUUGCAGCUGGGCCUUGCUGUGCUGGAAUACAACAUGGAGAAGUUGCUCACUUGUAAGGAUGAUGCAGAAGCAGUCACUGUUCUCAACAGAUUUUUUGACAGUGUCAUUAACAAAGACAGUCCUUUGCCUCCAACUGUGCAGCAAGGCUCCAACCUCAGUGAUACAAAGAGUGACCACCCAAAAGUGGACAUCACAGAUUUGAUCCGAGAGUCAAAUGAAAGGUACGGUGAUAUUCGCUACGAGGAUGUUGAGAGCAUGCGCUGCAGAAACAGGCUUUAUGUGAUCCAGACCUUGGAAGCUACGACCAAGCAGAAUGUGGUGAGUGACUUGGAAGAGCUUAACCCUUCCCUCUGAUAAUCCUUUUGGAAAAAGGAGCACUUUCUUUCCUGUUACUGGAGCGUAAACAGUCCUGUCUUGCAACAUCACGAUGCCAGUCUGCCGUAUCUUGAGCAGUAUCGGAUCGAUUGCCAGCAGUUCAGGGUUCUCUGCCAUCUCCUGAGCCCCUGGUCACACUGUGCAAACAGAGACUCACUUGCUCUGUGGACAUUCAGACUGGUGGAUGAGAGCUCCGAUUGCCUUAUAAACUUCAAGCAGUUUGCCUGUGUCCUUGAUACCAUGUAUAAUGGAAGCUUCACUGACAAACUCAAGCUUCUUUUUAAGUUGCACAUCCCUCCAGCUUUUACUGAAGUAGCAUCUCUAAGCCCUUCCAAAGGGGAUGAUCUUUCAAAAGAAGAACUGAUCCACUUCAGCCAACUCAAUGUUUCAUCUGUUGGGGAUAGUCUUGGAAGUGAUUCUUUGAAGAGCAGCCCAGAAAAAGGAAAAGGGAAGGUUGAUAUUCAAGCGUAUCUGAAGCAAUGGCAAGAUGAACUUCUUAAAAAAGAAGAAAACAUUAAGGAUUUGCCAAGAAUGAAUCAGUCUCAGUUCAUCCAGUUCUCAAAAACUCUGUACAAUCUGUUCCACGGGGAUCCUGAGGAGGAGCUGUUGUAUCGGGCUAUCGCCGUGGUUACCAGCCUCCUGCUGAAAAUGGAAGAAGUUGGGAGAAGGCUGCAGGGUCCCACAUCACUGGUCCAAAGUCCAGUUCCCAUUACAGAGGUGCCUGCUGAAAUCCCCAGGGAAGGGCAGCAGGAAAGCAGCUCUGAGCAGACUGAAGGCAGUAGAGCACAGAGUCUGAGAGGGAACCAUGAGUGGUCUUUUGCCUUUGAACAGGUUCUGGCAUCCUUAUUAAAUGAGCCGGCCUUUGUGAGAUUUUUUGAAAAACCUCAUGACAUAAAAGUUAAAAUAGAGAGUGCUAAAAAUUUACAACUUAAAGCAAGAACCAGAGUGUAAUUUUCUUUACCUUUGACUCUGAAUUAACCACAAAGCGCUUAAAAAUGAAGGUUGCAACUAAGGAAAUCAAGUCUGGUGUUUACGUAGAGAAAGGAGUUUGCAGAGGUAGCUUUAAAUAUCAGAUUACUGGUAUGUAAUGUAAAUAAAAAUAGUUUGAAGCACAAUCACUUUCUUGCAUUGUUCAUAAGUUUCACUC